CGCUCCCCGGAGACGGGAGGUCCCGGUGCGCCGCCGGGACGUGCGCGUGUGCCGCCAGCCGCGUCCUUCCCACCGCCGUUCCCCCGCGCCCGGCGGGCACCGGCCGGGAUGAGGCUCGGAACGCGGGCGGGGGUCUGGUGGAGCCCCCGUCCUUCCCUCACACCUGCGGCUCCGGGCCCGGAGCUCCGGGAGCCCCGGGCGGCGGCGGGGAGGGGAGCGCUGGCUCCGGCAUCACCUGUGACUCUCCGUGCACCGCCCGUAGCGCUGCCAUUUAGUUGGAAGAAUCCAGAGAUUUCAAGUUUUGAGUAGCGGGCGUCUUACAAGAUCACCACACCUAUAUUGAAAAGGCAGAUGCAGCUCUGAGUGCUAGAUUGGUGUGUGCACUGCAUGUACAUGAAAACACACAUGUUUUUGUCAUCAGUAGACUUACUCUGGCAUAUUCCUGCGAGCCUUUCAAUUGAUGAAAAUUAAUUUGAGAACCAGAUGGAGCACCUUCACAGCGCAGGAAUCAGUAAUCCAUGGAAAGACACCUGCCAGUAAUGGUCUUCACGGGUGAAAAAAGUUUGCAAGAAGAGAAAGAAAGAACACCCUCUGUGCAGAAAAAGCGUAAUAAAUACCUCCAUAAUCUAAAUCAAUAGCUGUGAGGGAAACAGAAGAAUUAAGAGGGCAAAGGAAGGAAACUGAUUUAGUUCCAGCAGAGGAAUAAUGCACAGUCUUCGGCACGUUUUGCUUUGGGCUCAGUAGCUUGUGAAUGGACUAAUAAAUCGUGACCUUCUGCUGAGUAAUGAUGACUGGAAGUAAAUAAGUUGAGGAACUAUGGGACAAGUCUGGGCAUUGAACUGAGCAAACCUUCUUGAGUUAACCAGGUCAUCAAACUUGCAUAUUCUUUCUCCCUCUCCUUUUUCCUCUUUUCACUUAGUGUGGUAUAAAUACUAGGUAAUUGAGCUCAUAAAUGUUAUUCAAAUAAAACGAUUGGAAUACUUCAUAUGUUUCCUUCUUGUACAGCUGCAAAUGUUGUGUCUGGAACUAUGAAUCUGUGCUGUAGACAAGCAUCAAGAAGGAAAGAUCCGAUCAAACAAGCAAGGAGAAUACCUAGAGAAAUAGUGAACCCAGGAAGUCAGAUUUUUAAUGCUGCUUCUCUUUCUUUUUUAGAUGAUUAUAUCUCUUCCUUCCUUGAAAUUUAGAAGAUUUUGAAAGAGUGCUUACUUGAUGUGCUUUAAUUCUGACAUUUGUUUUUAUGGUAGAAUGAAAAGUCUGUGAUUCCUUGUAGCAGAGAAAAAAGGGAAAAGGAAAAACAUCUUGACAUUUUAGCCUGUUUCACAGGAGAGAGAACUUCAUGGUUCACCUGAGGCAAACUUAUCUACUUUGAAAGCUAAAAGCUUUAGAGAAUUUUUGAUUCUGCUAUAAAUGAAGAGGGGGUUCUUUUUCAUUCGUGUGUGGCAGCAAAAAGUGGGAAAGCAGGCAAGAUAGCGUGAUAAACAGUUCAGGCUGUGUUGGGUCUCUGGUGGAAAAAAAAGUGCUGUGAUGAAAAUUGGAUUGGCUUUGGAUUGCAAAAACUUUUGAGUCCAACGAGCGGUUCAGUACCAAGAGGGAUUUCCCAACUGGCCUGGCACACCAGUGCCUGCACAAGUUUGGGUCUGUUGUUUCACACGGUUUGUGUGCCUUUUUUUCCCUUUAUGCAAUCUCUUUCAGCUUUAGCAGCAGAAACACUCCAAUGGAAAAGAUAUGCCAGAGGGCAGCUUGGAAAAGAGGAAUGUCAUAUAUAUACAUAUAUAUGUAUGUGCGUGUGUUUAAAUUUCUGCAACUGAACUUUUGAAGAAAAUCUGACUGGAGGAAAUUUUAAAAGCCUUAAGUUACUUGAAACCUACACAUUUGCAACUCUUUGUCUCUGGAAUUGCAUUACGCUAAACUGGAAUCUCAGGCUGUAUAAAGAUUAUAUCAAGUUGAGCAAAAAGAUGACUUAACCAUUUCUUGAGCGCCUCUUAUGAAGUAGCUGUUUCUCCAAAGGAUAAGUGCACCCCCACUCUACAGACUCAAAAGAAAAAUGAACCUGAAUUUUUUUUUUAAGUGUUACUUUUUCUUAGCCAACUGCCAUCAUCUUUUAUAGAGGAAUUUUUCACUAUGCAUUUGGUGGAUAUUUAUAAACACUGACCCUAUCCUCCUCCCUUUCAAUGAUCUAUCCCAGGUCAGUCUUACCAAUAAAAAAAAAAAAUUGAUUUAAAUAUUGUGCACUAGACAUAUUACUUUCUUAUGUCAAAAAAUAAAAUAUUUAAAAAGCAUGUAUGCAGCAGUGGAACAUGGGCCUGUUCUUUGCAGCGAUUCCAACAUCCUCUGCCUCUCCUGGAAAGGCAGAGUCCCCAAAAGUGAGAAGGAGAAACCGGUGUGCAGGAGGCGGUACUAUGAGGAAGGCUGGUUGGCAACAGGCAAUGGCAGAGGAGUUGUAGGCGUCACUUUUACUUCCAGCCAUUGCAGGAGGGACCGGAACACCCCUCAGAGAAUCAACUUCAAUUUGAGGGGCCACAACAGUGAGGUUGUGCUGGUGAGAUGGAAUGAACCAUUCCAGAAAUUAGCAACCUGCGAUGCAGAUGGAGGAAUAUUUGUUUGGAUACAAUACGAAGGCAGAUGGUCCGUGGAGCUCGUGAACGAUCGUGGGGCACAGGUAAGCGACUUUACAUGGAGCCAUGAUGGGACUCAGGCACUUAUCUCCUAUAGAGAUGGAUUUGUGCUGGUCGGUUCAGUCAGCGGACAAAGACACUGGUCUUCAGAAAUUAACUUGGAGAGUCAGAUCACCUGUGGCAUAUGGACUCCAGAUGACCAACAGGUCCUGUUUGGCACUGCUGAUGGACAGGUUAUUGUCAUGGACUGCCAUGGCCGAAUGCUGGCCCACGUGCUCCUUCACGAGUCAGAUGGCAUCCUCAACAUGUCCUGGAACUACCCCAGCUUCCUGGUGGAGGACAGCAGCGAGAGUGACACGGACUCUGAUGACUAUUCCCCACCACAAGAUGGACCAGCUGCGUAUCCUGUCCCGGUGCAGAACACCAAGCCACUACUUACUGUCAGCUUCACGUCAGGAGACAUCAGUUUAAUGAACAAUUAUGAUGACUUGUCUCCUACUAUCAUCCGCUCAGGGUUGAAAGAUGUGGUGGUACAGUGGUGCACACAAGGAGACCUGCUUGCAGUAGCAGGCAUGGAGAAGCAGAACCAGCUGGUUGACCUCAGCAAUGGUUCCCUGCUGAAAAGCGCACUUGUCAAGUUCUACAACGUGCGUGGGGAGCAUAUCUACACUCUGGAGACACCUGUGCAGCGUCCCAUCAUCUCCAUCUGUUGGGGUCACAGGGAUUCCCGCCUGCUGAUGGCAUCUGGGCCCGCGCUGUACGUGGUCAGGGUGGAGCACAGGGUCUCCAGUCUGCAGCUGCUGUGCCAGCAGACCAUCGCCAGCUGCCUGCGGGAUGACAAGGACAUCAGCAAGCUGACCCUGCCCCCUCGGCUCUGCUCGUACCUCACCACUGCCUUCAUACCAACAAUCAAGCCUCCAAUCCCAGACCCAAACAAUAUGAGAGAUUUUGUCAGCUACCCAACAGCUGGUAAUGAACGGCUUCACUGCACCAUGAAGCGGACAGAAGAUGACCCAGAGGUUGGUGGUCCAUGUUAUACUCUGUACUUGGAAUACCUUGGGGGACUGGUGCCCAUCCUCAAAGGACGUCGUAUCAGCAAGCUGCGGCCGGAGUUCGUCAUCAUGGAUCCUAAAACAGAUGGAAAAGCAGAUGAAAUCUAUGGAAACAGCUUGAUUUCCACUGUGAUUGACAGCUGCAACUGCUCCGACUCCAGCGAUAUUGAACUCAGCGAUGACUGGGCAGCAAAGAAAUCUCCAAAAAUCAGUCGAGCUAGCAAAUCACCUAAACUCCCCAGAAUCAAUAUAGAAGCUCGCAAAUCUCCAAAGAUGUCACGAGCUGCACAAGAGAUCUCAAGAUCACCAAGGUUACCAAUAAGGAAACCCUCUAUUGGUUCACCAAGCCUGACACGAAGAGAGUUUCCUUUAGAAGAUAUUACUCAGCACAACUACCUUGCUCAGGUUACAUCUAAUAUCUGGGGAACCAAAUUUAAAAUUGUGGGUUUGGCUGCUUUCCUACCAACUAACCUUGGUGCAGUAAUAUAUAAAACCAGUUUGCUGCACCUGCAGCCCAGGCAAAUGACAAUAUAUCUCCCAGAAGUGCGGAAGAUUUCAAUGGACUACAUUAACAUGCCUGUCUUUAAUCCAAAUGUUUUCAGUGAAGAUGAAGAUGAUUUACCAGUGCCCGGCGCCCCCGGCGCGCCCGCCAGCAGCCCGCCCUGCACCGUCAACAUCCCCAUCGCGCCCAUCCACAGCUCGGCGCAGGCCAUGUCGCCCACGCAGAGCAUCGGCCUGGUCCAGUCGCUGCUCGCCAACCAGAACGUGCAGCUGGACGUGCUGGCAAACCCGCCGGCCGAGGCGGGGGGCGAGGGGCCGGGGCCCUUCCCGGGGGCUCCGGGCCGCUUUCCCGGCCCCGGGGCGGGGGCGCUGGCCGUGGGCGAGCUGGGCCGGCCGCCCCCGCCACCGCUCGCCCCGCCGCCGCCCGCGCCCCCCGCCAUCGCCCUGGCCGACCUUCGGGACCACGGCGACCGCGAGCAUGAGCCCCCGCCCAAGGCCAAGGCCCCGCGGCCGGGGCCGCCGCUGGUCGAAGGUGACGCCGUCAUCUUUGGGGCCGCUCCGGAGCUGCAGCUGAACAAGAUGAACCCGCCGCCUCCCUACCCCGGCACCGUCCCCGCCGUGCCCGCCGCCGCCCUGCCGCCCCCGCCCGGCCCCCCGCAGCCGCCCCUCGAUCUCUGCCUCAAGAAGGGGGAGUUCUCCCUCUACCCGGCGGGGCACUACCAGACGCCCCUGGGGUACGAGCGGAUAACGACGUUCGACAGCAGCGGGAACGUGGAGGAGGUGUGCCGGCCUCGCACCAGGAUGCUCUGUGCCCAGAGCACCUACACCCUGCCGGGCCCCGGCAGCUCCGCCACCUUGCGCAUCACAGCUGCCGAGAAGAAGAUGCAGCAGCCCUGUGCCAGCGCCACCUUGAACCGGCUCACGGUGCCCCGUUACUCCAUCCCAAGCGGGGACCCGCCGCCCUACCCUGAUAUUGCCAGCCAGCUGUCCCAGGGCAGAAGCAUGGCACAGAGGCUGGACAGCAGUAUCAUUCAUGCUACUCUGCGGAGGAACAGCAGAGAGGCAGCCCUGAAAAUGGCUCAGCUGAUGGAUGGUCAGAGAGCCACCUUGCAACUUCCCCCUAAGGCCAAGAGCAACAUUGUGUCGGCACAGUACCAGCCGAGAGUGCCCACGGCCUUGUACACCUGCAGCCAGUGCAGCAGUGGUGGCGCUGGCAGCAGCAGCAGUGCGAGCGCUGGUGGCACGGGCGGCAUCGCUAGUGCCAAUGCUGGUAGCAGCGCUUCCAGCAUUGGUGCCAUGAGACCAGAUCUGAGCGCAGGGAGUGGCUCCCAGCACAGCUCUGUCAUUGCUCACUCUGUCAGUACUUCACCUCUGGCCUCCCAGUCGUCCUACAGCUUGCUGAGCCCGCCUGAGAAUUCUCGUGACCGAGCAGAUUAUAUCAACUCUGCUUUCACGGAGGAUGAGACCCUCUCUCAGCACUGUCCAGUGGAGAAAUCGGUACGGCACGUACCUGUGUCCUUGACAGAGGCUACCCUUAGUGUGAAACGGCCACCGCCGUACCAGUGGGAUCCUAUGGUGAGUGAAGAGAUAUGGGUUCCUCAGGAAAGGACAUCUCAGAGCUCAGUGCCCAACCCCCUAAAACCUCCUCCACUCAUCAUUGGUCAAGCUCAACAUCUGGAUAUGUCUCGAGUGCCAUUUGUUUCCCCCAAGUCUCCAACCAGUCCCACUGCCACUUUUCAGACGAGUUAUGGGGUUGGAGUACCUUACCCAGGAAGCUACAGUGCCCCACCCCUUCAGGGAAUGCAGGCCCCCUGCUCCCCCAAAGAAGCUCUGGCCCCAACACAGUUUGCACAGCAGGAGCCCACAGUUGUGCUUCAGCCAGGUUAUCCAUCCAACCUUUCCUAUUGCCCUUUGCCACCCAUGUACCCGGGAAGUAGCACUUGCUCUAGUUUACAGCUGCCACCGAUCGCCUUGCACCCGUGGAGCUCCUACAGCCUGCCCCCCAAACCGCUCCUCGUGGUGGAGAAGCCGGUGAUGUCUCCCCCGCCAGCAGAGCUGCAGGGCCACGUGGGCACAGAGGUCGUGGUGGAGACGGCAGACACGUUCCAGGAGGUGCUCUCCUUGACAGAAAGCCCUGUUCCACAAAGGACUGACAAAUUUGGCAAGAAGAGCAGGAAACGCCUGGACAGUCGAGCCGAGGAAGGAAAUGUGCAGGCUAUCACUGAGGGCAAGGUCAAAAAGGAGGCAAGGACACUGACUGACUUCAAUUCACUGAUAGCCAGCCCUCGGCUGGGGAGGGAGAAGAAGAAGGUCAAGAGCCAAAAAGAUCAGCUCAAGUCCAAGAAACUAAACAAGACAAAUGAGUUUCAGGACAGUUCAGAGAGUGAGCCAGAGCUUUUUAUCAGCGGAGACGAACUGAUGAACCAGAGCCAGGGCAGUAAAAAGGGUUGGAAAACUAAAAGGAGUUUGAGGACAGCCAGUGAGCUGGAUGAAUUCAAGUGCCGGAAGGCCAGCGAGAAGGAGGAUGGGCGACUGGGAAGCCAAGGCUUUGUGUAUGUGAUGGCCAACAAGCAGCCACUGUGGAAUGAGGCAACACAAGUCUACCAGCUGGACUUCGGAGGGCGGGUGACCCAGGAGUCAGCAAAAAAUUUCCAGAUUGAGCUGGAAGGACGACAGGUGAUGCAGUUUGGAAGAAUUGAUGGCAAUGCUUAUAUUUUGGACUUUCAGUAUCCAUUUUCUGCAGUGCAAGCCUUUGCUGUUGCUCUGGCUAAUGUGACUCAACGCCUCAAAUGAAAAAGCAGAGACUGGAGAGAGGAAAAUGUUAACCUACUAAUGAAGUCCAAACCGGAAAAUGUCAGGGCAGCCUGCUUUAGGUGUGCAGAGAUGCCUGGGAGUUAAGAAGGCAGUAAAACUGGAAAAGUCUCUUGAUGCCCACCAGAAGGGCAUUAACUCUAAUCAGUCACGGGGUGGAGGGUGGGGGGCUGUUUUCUGUUUGUUUGUUUGUUAGCUUGUUUGUUUUCCGGUUUCUUUUUCUUUUCAAGCGUUGUGCUGGGUGUCAGAAAGAGCGAAGGGUUGAGAACCAUUCAGUGUUACGUGGAGAAGUGUGGCUUUUGGCUUGUUGUGGUGGUUCUGCUGUGUGUGCUACAGUAGCUGAUGUAAGCUCAUGGGGGGAUUAAAACAGACUGCUCUUUCUGAUGGACUGCCUUACCUCAUGCUAUUCUUUUUAAAAGAGGGAACAUGACUUUUUUUCUGGUCCAGUUUGUACUUCUACUGCUAAAACAUCAGUGAUAGCAUCAAAAAACUAAAAAAAGAAAAGAAGCUGUAAUACUUGAAGACAUGUGUUUCUUCUCUGAUAUCUGCUCAUAACUGAGCACCAGAGGUUCCAAGGAGGCUUAUGCAGGUAAAGGUUUAAUUUAUUAACAGUGAUGUGUUACUCAGAAAAUGAGAAAACAUUGUUGUGAGUGGGUGUUUGUCAUGGUUUAGGAAUGGUAUUCUCCAAUUUAGUGUUCCCACCAAAACACUCCAGACCAUGCACUCGCUCACUGCUCCCUCCGCUUUUCCUUUCCCUUCCCUUCCCUGCGGUGGGAUGGAGAGGAGAAUUGGAGGCACAAAAGGUAAAGAUCACAGGCAGAGAGAAGAACGAUUUACUGCUAACAGCAGUGAAAUGAGAGAACAAACAGUAACAGCAGCAAUGUUAAUAACAGAGGGCAGGAGAGGCAAAGGAUUCACACGUGUGUGCUCACCACGGGGGAGCCUGUGCCAGUACCUGACUGUGCUGCCACAGUCAGACUCGGUGAGCUGCAUGGGACCCCUUCCCACAGCCCCAGAAAAUGAUAGGGAGUGAUAUAGAAUAACCUCUGAAUUCUAGCCAUGCCCUCUCCUGGCUACUGCAAAAAUUAACUCUGUCGUGGCUAGAACCAGGGUUUAAAAACUCACUAUGUCAAGGAAGUUGAUGUCUGCUUGUUUCAUAUUCUGUUAAGGGGGAUAAACAUCUUUCAGGAGGUGACAGAAGACAGAGGAGCAAAUAGUUACAAGCAUUGCUUCUUUUGUUACUGGCAUAAACAUCUGUCAGUAGGUGACAGAAAACUGGAGAGGUAAUAAUCAUGAGUGUUGCUUUUUGUUCAUAUUGUUCAUCAGUAUUCUGUGAUUUGGCCUGUAGCUGGGAGAGGUACAGUGUGAUCAGAUGUACCUCUGAGGCCGUGCCUGUGCUUGCUCCUCGUUUCAAUGUGUUUACACCAUGUUAACAAAGCUUUUCCAGCAAAUGAGAAGACCCAGUGUCCUCUUAGCGAUCAGUAUCAAUCAAGUUCUACAACAGUGCUUGUAUUAGGAAAGAGACUGAAGUGUAGCAAGUCAUUAGAAGAAGAAAUUUCAUCAGGGAAACAAAUUCAUUAAAGGAAACAACAUAAUGGCUGGCUGGAGAACAAAUGAGUUGAAAGAGAGAGGAAAAACUGGACAGAAUCAUAUCUUUUGUCACCCACUUUGCUACUUGCUCCAGCUAAGAGUAGGAGGCCAGUGUCUUCAUGGAGUGUGACAGAGGAUAGCUUAAUAACAGUAGUAUGACUGUGCAGUUCUCUCUGGUGCACAUGCAGACCUGUUGAACAUUUCAGAAGGUUGCUUGCACAGAAGAGUUUCUUUGUUGUCCAUGUGUUGUGCACGUGUUUAUUUGCUUUUACUUUUUCCUUCUUGUCAGCAUUUUGCUACAGAAUAUGUUUUCAUAUGGAAGUAGUUUGACCAGUAAUACACAAACCCCAAAAAUACCAAAAUUAUUCAUAUAAUUAUUUGGACGUUAGAUUACAAAACAUCACAGCACAUUUUUUUCAACAAUUGAUCUUUUGAAGUCAAGGGCCCACUUUCAAGGGGAAGAUUUGCUGGUUGAGAUGUCAACAGCUGCUUUAUCUUUCAUCCACAGUUUAGCUUCUUUACUUGAAAAACUCAGUAUAACUUAAGAUGAAUAUGUGUGAUUUUCUCUCUUUGUUUUUCUUGAUUCGUAGCAGUAGGGCAGAUACAUGUUGCAUUUGAUUUAUUCUGGAGAAACAUUUGACAUAAGACCCUGUUGUACUAAAAAUGUCAUUUGUUUUUUAUUGAGGAAACCCUAUUAAGCACUUUGUCUAUAUUGAGUUAUAUACUGUAAAAACAGUAGGUUGAAUUCUUAGUACACUGAUUCCAGUACACAAGGAGGGAAGUUGGCUGAUGAGAGGCCUCACCUGCCCUAAGGUCUGUGCUAACCAGCUGUACCCUAAUUAGUGUUUGACAGGCACACAGUGAACGCUGUAAGACAAGAAGCAUACCAGAGCUGGCUUGUUUGCUUGCUGAGGCAAGAGCCACUUAGUCAUGUGUCAGAAAUACUCAGCUGGAAGAACACAACCAGCUGAAAUUAUUAGGAUGUGGAAACAAUGGAAAUGUUUUCUUCUGAAGAAUAUCUAAUCUAAGUAAGGACUUCUGCUUGCAGUUUCUUUAACCUUCCAGAGAACAGUAUCCUCUUCAUUUUGUUCAUUGCCAAAAUUUUCCAGUUAUCAGUAGUUUUAUUCUAAUGGAGAACCAAGAAUUGAAACCGAUAAAACAAGUAACAGAGUUCGUAAUUUGGUUUAAUUAGUCCAGGUCAUGACUGCAUCCUUUUGAUGGCACUCACAAAGAGCCUUGGCAUAGAAAGAGCUCUGGUUUCUGCUCCAGCAAAGAAUGGGGAAUAAUUACCAAAAAGAUGGGAAAAUAAAUUCUAUUUUCAACAUCCUUUCCAUUUACUUGUCUAAACAUUCUAUAAGAUAUGAUAGUUUUUUAUCUUUUUGAAAAUAAUUUAGCCAAGUCUUUUAAAUUAAGGAUUUUACUAUAUAGGGAAUCCCCAAUAUUUGAGAGAGAAAAUACUCUAAAAUAUGUAGAAUUUUAAUGAAAAGAAUGGUAAAUACAUAGAAAUCUGACUGUACAAUUGGAUCCUAAAUUAUACAUAGAACAAGUGAAAGUAAUUUUAUAUUCAAUUGAGAUACAAUAUAGGAAACAAAUUUAAGAAUAUCCCCGAUUAUUCACCUAAGCCAUGAAGACUGCUAUUGCUUUCAGCCAAAAGGUAGAUGUUACAUUUUCCAUUUUGUUAGUAAAACCCAGUUUUCUGUAGAUAAUUUAAGUUCUUCUAGGAGGAAUGUAGCAAAGUGUUCAGAAAUAUCUAGUUCUUUCAUACAUGCGGUAAUUUCUACUAGUAAAGGAUGUUUUUUCCAAAGCUUAUUUUUUUCAGUUGUGCAAUAAUUUUCAUAGUCUAGGGAGUUUGUUUUGUUUCUGUUGAGUUGUUUUUUUGUUUUGUUUUAGUUUGGGUUUAAUUUUUCUUUAGGGAGUUUGAGUGUUUUUUUAAAGAUAAUUUAAUGCAGAUUUCCUCUUAAUGUCCAAAAAAUGAAUUAUUUUUCUUGCAUAAUGUAAUGAGUGAUUUAGGGAUUAUUUUAUUACUAUGUAUCAGUGAGUUAUACACACUUAUUUAUAUUUAAAGAGCAUCUUUGUAAGCAAUUGUUUGCUAGCAGGUAAAUUUUGCUGCAAGAAAUUAAAAGUGCUUAUAGAAAGACCUGGUUUUGCUGGAUAACAUGCAAAAACUUCAUAAUGCAGGCAAAAGUAUUUUUUGGCAGCUAAAAACAAGUUUGCUAUGGAGAACUGUGCAGACUACAAAGAGUCUAGGUGAGUUCUUUGGGACCUGCAGAAAUCUGUCCUCUGUUUUCGUUCUUAAUUUGUAACUAUACUUUGGUUGGGAGUGGCUUAAAAAAUGGAAGGCAUGGUUUGCUUUUUCUUGAGGUAGAAGAUAAGGUGGGUUAUGUGGUGAGAGAGGGUAUAAUGGCAUGGGUUGUUUGUAAGGAGGUCACUAGUUCAGUAGGGUUUGGGUAUGGCAUGGUUCAAUGCCAGCUGGAGGUACAAGCAAACUAGCUCAGAAUAAGCUGAGGCACAAGGAAUAGUGUAGCAGUAGAAGCAUUUUCCUCUGCUCAGCCUAACAAUGCUCUUUCUUCAGCUGGGCUCAGCUGGUUCCAGCACUGCCACAAUGCUUCUGGCAGGUGCUGCAUGGAGCUCAUGGAGCUGUGCCCUGACAGUGCCUGCAGCAGCUUUGCCUCUUCAAGAAUGCUCCAUAGGAGACCUGUUGGAGCAGGUGUUCCUCCACUCAUCCUUCUAGGUCUGCUCCAAGAGCAGCAUGAAGCUGCCACAGAGUUUGGCUGCAGCAGCUUUGGGCAGAGAGAGCCCCAUUGCCAGCCAGCAGCCACGGUGUCCAUCUGAAGUCAGAAUCUGCUCUGGUGGAGUUGCAAAGGGAUGAAACCAAAAGCCUGAGAAUUUUGAAAAAAAUAAUGAUGAUAGCCUCGAAAUAGAUAUUGAACAGAAUCUAAAAAUUUAUCUUUAAAAUUUGGCAUAAAUGGAGUGGCAAUUUUUAGCUUUAAACGUUAAGAAUUAAUGUUUCUGCAACAUCCUAAGAAACUAUGAGAAGGUGGGGGGUGACAGGAAAAAAAAGAGAAACUACUACAUUAGCAAUUUUGCACUCAGUUCCAGAGACCAAGUAUCAUGUGCCAUGGGCUGCCUGAAUAUCAGUAAAUCUUCACACAGGUCCAUCUCACAAAAGUUUCCUGUUAUGCAGCCACAAGUAAAACAAUGUUUGUAUGAAGAUGCAUGAAGGUCUACAGGUGUCAGACAAGGAUAUCUAAUUUUGCUGAAGCCUUCAGCCUAAACUUUUCAUAGAUCCAGGCUUUCCUUAAUGUGUCUUUUUAGUGUCCUCUCAGAAAUUACAAACAGAUUUUGGAGCUUGCCUGAUUGUUGCCUCAGACAAUUUCUGUGCAUUUGCUUUUUGCAGCCUGAUGUGUGUGAUCCUAUGUUUCCUUGGUGCCCUGUUACCUCUCAGAAGAGUUUUACAUCCUCAUAUAAAAAGAGCAGCAAGUGCAAGAACUGAUUUGGUGAAAUGAAAGGGGAGAGAAGACCGUAAAUUUUCAUCAAGAAUGUGUUUCCCUGAGCAGCAGUUUAGAAAUUGCAUGUCUGCAGGGCCCAAAUUACUCCAGACCAGUAAAUCAGACUUAGAGAUUCGUGAGAGAUGAGACCCUUGUGUGGCAUGCUGAUAGAGGGCCAAUUUCCAGCCUCACUACAUGGUUACACCAAGAUACAUAAGAGAUCAGAAUCCAGCCCAAAAUGUACUUCCCCAUUACUGUGUGAUUAUAAGGUAAAGAUGACUAGUGUGAUCCAUACAUCAGUUGAAGGAAAUUAUACAGCAUUAGCCAACAGCCGUGUUGGCUGUUAGUUCAGUAUAAUCCCCCUUGAAGAAUGCUAGAAGUGAAAUCCUGGCCAUGGAGUAGUCAUUCAGAAUUUUUACUUUUAUUUCCAUUUCUAGGAUUCCAUCACAGGACAGGAGGGCAAGCUGUUUAUGUUAUUUAGAGAUUGGCGUAAUAAUUUAUCUAGUAUAAGAGAGCAAGUCAGUUAUACUGCUUACAAAAAUGAGAAAAUCCUAGUAGUUCAUGUCUCUUUCCCUUCAAGGCAUAAACCUUCAUUAGUAAAUACCAGUUUAGAGUCUUGCUGCCCUCAGGACUAGUGUGCAGGGAGGCACCACAGGUCCUCUUUACAGGAUUGGGAUUUAUAUGCACCAUUCUCAAAGGAAUAAAAUUAAUUACUACUUGUGAACAAUGGUCUAUGUGAAUUAUUUUGUCUUCGUAUUUAUUUAAUUUUUUUUCUUUAAAAGUCCCACGGAGGUGUUUUAAGAUGAAAAGACUGCUUUCCCUGUUGCCUGAAAUCACUGAAGAUGUAUCAGGAGUUUCUUUGGGCGGUUUGAUUGUUGCUGCAUCUAGAAAAUUUUUAAGGCAAAAGCAAUUAAUGAAAGAAAAGAAUGAAAUAAGAUUAAAUUGAGCAAUUCUUGCUGAGAGAACUAAAAGCUUCACCCUUUAGCUUUUGAUUUUGCAAAUGAAUCAGUAACGAGAAAUUUGUGUUUCAAGGCAAAUUGAUUGUUUGGGAGCACUAUGCAAGUGUACUGGUUUGCUAACACAGAGCUGACUACAGGAUCAAUAAAAGAUGAUUUUGUGAGACAAAAUUAAAUUAAUGAAAGCACCAAAUAUUUGCCUACGAGUGUCCAAUGAAAAAAAUUAGAUGGUGUGAUGUCAAAGCCUGCCAGUCUGUUCUUAAUCCUCUGGUUUACAAUUUUAAAAUAUGGACUGAUUCAGCAAUUCUAAAUCCUGACAAAGGUUAUCUAUUUUUGGAAUUUUAUCUGACUGGCCAAGUAGAUGGCUUAAGAUACAGAUAAAGAUUAAAGUAAUAAUAAAAGGGAAACAUUUUGGAACAGUGUGUAGACACCUGAGUUUCAAGUAUUUCACAGGAAUUCAUACCUAUGUUGUUUGAAGCUGUUUGUUCAGAACUUUUCUACCCUUUGUUUCUUUAGUUUGCUUGAUACUUGUUUUUUCCCUUUGGUUGCUUUUCACUUCUGUUUCACUAUUUCAGCAUUCACUGCUUCUUUUUCUGUUUGUGUGUUGCGUGUUUGGGGAAGGGUAUGUCUGUUCAAGAUCUCCUUGUUUAUUGUAGAUAAAAUAUAUGGUGUUGUGGAAUAGCAUGGGGAUGCAUUCGACUGAAAAGGCACUGUAGUGUUUCCUGAAAAAGAAGGGGAGUUGCAUUUGUUUAUAAAUGCAUUAUUUUGGUACUAUAACUUUGAAAGUGAUUCGGGUUUUUUUUUUUUUUUUUUUUUUUUUUUUUUUUUUUUGUUUUGCUUUUUUUUUAAAAUUUUCCUUUUAAAUUGAAUGAGCAUAGAGUCAUGCAGGUGCAUGCAUUCUUAAGUGAGCAAGCCCAGCAUGUUUUUCUUAAGGCUUUUGAAAAUUUGGCACACCAUUUGUGAACUUUACUUACCUAGACUAUUUUUCAAUUAUAUUUUUUUUAAUCUCCUUUUUUUUUCUCCUGAAUAUGCCAUGGUAUACUUGGUUUCCAUUGUACUUAAAAACUACCCUGAUCUGCCUCUCCUUUUAUGUAUCUUGUGUAAUAGAUUUUGCAGGAGGUGCCUAAGAAAGUAUUGUUGGUUUCCCUAUAAAAGUGUGGUUUGUCCAGAUUCUUUACUGUCUACAUGAUUGAGAGAUGGACUGAUUGCCCUAUUUUUCCUUGAUGAUUUGGAGUUGUAAGAGUUGUCCAGCUGUUGCUUAAUAAAAUUUUGCAGAC